UUUAAUUAUAACGAUGAUUAUGAUGAUGAUGACGAUGAUGAUGAUGAUGAUGAUGAUGAUGAUGAUGAUGAUGAUGAUGAUGAUGAUGAUUCGGAUGAUGAUGAUGAUGAUGAUGAUGAUGAUGAUGAUGAUGAUGAUGGGAUGAUGAUUCGGAUGAUGAUGAUGAUGAUGAUGAUUCGGUUAAUGAUGAUGAUUCGGAUGAUGAUUCGGAUGAUGAUGAUGAUGAUGAUGAUGAUGAUGAUGAGAUGA